AUGGCUGCACCGGGAGCCGCGGCGGCAGCGAAGAAGAAGCUCAUAGUAUGCGGAGGUAAUGGCUUCCUUGGGAGUAGGAUAUGUAAAGCUGCGGUAGCACGAGAUUGGGACGUCGUUUCCAUAAGUCGAUCCGGCGAACCGAAUUGGCCAUCAGUAUCCUCCCAUCAGACUGCACCUCCCUGGUCGAAAUCAGUAACAUGGCGAUCCGCCAACAUCCUCCACCCCGAAACCUACAAAGCCGACCUUGAAGGCGCCAACGCGGUGGUGCACUCAAUGGGUAUCCUGCUAGAGGCAGACUACAAAGGCGUCCUAACAGGCAAGGAGUCUCCAAUAUCGGGCUUACGGCGGGCAUUCUCAGCAACAAAGCAGGGUGGGAGUACGAAUCCAAUGGACAGGCAACCUGGCCAACAGAUUGAGCCAGGAGAGAAGGACGGACAACUCACAUAUGAGCUGAUGAACCGAGACUCUGCGAUUGCUUUGGCGAAAGAGGCGAACAAUGCCGGAGUGCAGAGCUUUGCGUACAUUUCGGCUGCGGCAGGAGCGCCGGUCUUGCCGGGAAGGUACAUCAGCACGAAGCGUGAGGCGGAAAGUACGAUCGCGAGUGCGUUCCCGAAGAUGCGGAAUCUAUUCAUACGGCCUGGCUUCUUGUAUGAUUCGUCGAGGACAUUCACGAUGCCGAUGGCCGCCGUAACAUAUGGAGGCUUCAUGGCGAAUUCGCUGACUGGAGGUAAUUUGACGUGGUUGAUGGGUGCAGGUGGAGCAAAGCCGUUGAAGGCGGAUCUGGUUGCGGAGGCGGUGGUGGAAGGACUGUCAGAUGAUGCUGUGAAGGGACCUGUUGAGGUGAAGGAGAUCGAAGAACUUGCGAAUAGAGCUUGGAGGAGAGGCAUGCUGUGA